AUGGCCCACUUUCCGAUUCUGACCGCCUUCCUCUGUCUACCUAUCUUCACUCGAGCAUUAAUCCAAAGUUGGGAUAUCAUUAUAAACUCAACAGCGAAAUGCCAGGGUGGGUUUGAUUGGGCUUCAAAUAAGGAAGGGUCGUCGCCUUGUCUCAUACUGGCUGCUGUAUCUGCGCCUUGCUACGGAAGUUAUACCACAAAACCUCUCCUACCUAACGAGCAUUAUGAUGAUCCCGACCAGACCAACAGACAGAUAACAGCUUGCUCGUGCUCCUGGGCUGCUUACAAUCUACUCGGCGCUUGCACCGCUUGUCAAGGUCUAGAAUCGGAAAGCAUUCACAGUUGGCCACAGUACAGUACGAAUUGUGGCAACUACAAAUCCGACACAACGUUUUGGCCGUCUGAGUUCCAGAUCGGGGCCAAUCAAACAAUCCCGUAUUAUGCCCAAAAUAAUCCCAACAAUUGGAAGGAGCAGCGGUUUGACGUUUCAGAAGCCCAGGCGCUCGCAGCUCAAAACAAGCCCGAUUACACUGGUGUUCCGAUCACAGGCCCAGACCCACCAAAGAAAGGAAAACCUGUUGGAGCCAUUGUGGGCGGCACAGUAGGAGGAGUCUUACUCGUACUGUUCCUACUGCUGUUGUUCUAUAUGUGUCGCCGUAGGAGGGCCUCAUUGGGAGUACAGGAGGUUCCGGCUCGCAGACCAAGUUUCUUCAGCCCUGGUCAUGGCUUUGCAAGCGACUGGGAAUCGCGAAAACGAGGAAUUUCCAUGGUCAGCAACUCGAGUCUUGGCACCGUCUCCACGAGUCGCCCAUUCUCAUCCAUUGCGACUCCCUCGAUGUAUACUACCUAUGACAGACCCAUGGGGUCGUUCUCUCAAACUGGUCCAGCCUCUAUGUAUACGACCCCUUCGCAAAUGUCCCACUCGUAUCAACGUCACAGCGGAGUGAUAUCCCCUGCUCCAACGAUGCAAACGAUUGCACCUGGGCCACCGGACCAUAUCCAACCCUUCACGUUGAUGAGCACCGGGGAAGCCCCCGACACCCUCGCUUAUAGGCGGAAAGCGUCCUUAGGCGGAUCCCCUUCCGAGCUGGUAGGGCAAUCUGUUACGGUUCCUGCACUUUCGGCCCAGGUCACCGAACAGCAAAGGCCGCCUGCUAUGAAUCAUGAAGAGACACGCCAUUUGGAAGUUGUGGCGGAGGAGGAAGAUCAAGCCAGAGUCACUGGCAGAGGUCGGAGUGAAUCUCAGCCUCCUGCAUACAGUUUCCACCCUCCUUCUAACGAUAUGGCAUUGCCACACGAAGUCGCCGCUGCUCGACGGGAGGUAAAUGGUCAUGGGCACCUGCCGGUCGAGUCAUCUCCGGAAAAGGGAUCUCAGGCUAGUCAGACUUCGUGGACGUCGUCUGGAGAUGUAUCUCAAUCUACAGUUAAUUCCACGACUGGUAGUCAAGAACCAACGAGGGAGGAGGUACUACAGACACCGCGGCCAGAUCGUGACCAACGGUAUCGGUCGGUGUUGAGUGCGGAGAGUAGAGAUGAUUCGAGUCCGGAGGUUGCUUGA